AGUCAUCACAGCAUUCUCUCCAUUCUCUGUAGACAGGACAAAUGUCACUCUGGGAAUAGUGAGGAACCCCUCUUAAAAUCACUCGAACUUCAGUGUGAGAGGAACACUAUCGUAGCACUGCUGUAGCUCCUGGAGGGAUUCUCUCGGUUGUGAUUCUAAUAUAUCAAGCUGCGGGGCGACCAGGGUGGCCGGGAUGCCACUGUGUGCCCUGCCAGUCCACGGUGGAUGCUGAGGGGCAGGAGGACGGAGUGGUGGGGACGAAGUGUAGCAGGCUGGGAGGGCACCACACAUCUGGAGACAUGAAUCUCUGCUGGAACGAGAUCAAACGCAAGUCCCACAACAUCCGGGUGCGGAUAGAGGCGUUCUCCGACAACAGUGGGAAGCUGCAGCUCUCCCUGCAGGAGAUCAUAGACUGGCUGACGGCCAAGGACGAGGAGCUGUCGGAACAGCUGCCCAUAGGGGGCGAUGUGGGGGCCGUCCAACACCAAAGGGAGUUCCACCAGGUCUUCAUGGAGGAUGUCAAGUCUCGGGGGCCCUUCAUCUACUCGGUGCUGGAGUCUGCCCAGGCGUUCCUGACACAGCACCCCUUCCAGGAGCCCGAGGAGACGCUGCCCGACGGAAAAGAAGUGUCUCCGAGGAAACGGAUCCUGAACGUGAGUCGCUCGGUUUGGAAGCAGGCCAAUGUAACCAGUGACCUGUGGGAGAAGCUGACUGCCCGCUGCGUGGACCGACACAGGCACAUGGAGCGGACCCUGGAGCGACUGCUGCAGACGCAAGCAGCUAUGGAGGAGCUGGCGAUGGCCCUGGAGCAAGCUGAGGGCGUCCGGGAUGCAUGGGAGCCUGUAGGGGACCUCUUCAUCGACUCCCUGCAGGACCACAUUGACGCCACCAAGUUGUUUAAGGAGGAGCUGACACAGGUGAAAGAGGGCAUGAAGCACAUCAAUGACAUGGUUCAUGAGCUGGCCAUCUCUGACGUCCAUUUGUCCAUGGAAAACUCCCGCUCCCUGGAGCACCUCAACAGCCGCUGGAAACUACUGCAGGCCUCCAUUGAAGAGCGUCUGAAGCAGCUGCAAGAUGCUCACAGAGACUUUGGCCCUGGAUCCCAGCACUUCCUGUCCAGUUCAGUGCAGAUACCCUGGGAACGUGCCGUCUCGCCAAACAAAGUGCCCUACUACAUCAACCAUCAGGCCCAGACGACGUGCUGGGACCAUCCAAAAAUGACGGAGCUGUACCAGGUGCUGGCGGAUCUGAACAACAUCAAGUUCUCAGCGUACCGGACAGCCAUGAAGCUGCGGCGGGUGCAGAAGGCUCUGAGAUUGGACCUGCUGAGGCUGGUGAGUGUGGUGGACGUGUUCAGGGAGCAGGAUCUGCAGCAUGGGGAACAUGUGAUGGAUGUGGUGGAGAUGAUUCAUGCCCUGACUGGCCUGUAUGAGAGACUGGAGGAGGAGAGGAGGGCCAUCGUGGUCAACAUCCCUCUCUGUGUGGACAUGUGUCUCAACUGGCUGCUCAACGUCUACGACAGUGGUCGCAAUGGGAAGAUACGCGUCCUCUCCUUCAAGACGGGACUGGUGAGCCUGUGCAAUGCGGAUGUUCAGGAGAAGUAUAAAUACCUGUUCAGGCAGGUGUCUGGUCCAGGGGGUCUGACAGACCAGCGUUACCUCACUAUGCUGCUCUAUGAAGCCAUCCAGAUCCCGCGACAGCUGGGAGAGGUGGCCGCCUUCGGUGGGAGCAAUGUGGAGCCCAGUGUACGCAGCUGCUUCCGUAUGGCCCCAGGGAAGCCAGCCAUCGAGGUAUCUCAUUUCCUGGAGUGGAUGAGCCUGGAGCCCCAGUCUGUAGUGUGGCUGGCUGUUCUACAGCGUGUGGCAGUGGCCGAGUCCGCCAAGCACCAGGCCAAGUGUUACAUCUGUAAACAGUGCCCCAUCAAGGGAUUCAGGUACCGCAGUCUGAAACAAUUCAACGUGGACAUCUGCCAGACGUGCUUCCUCACGGGACGCACCACCAAGGGAAAGAAGCAGCUCCAAUAUCCCAUCAUGGAGUACUACACCCCAACCACCUCAGGAGAGAAGAUGCGGGACUUUGCCAAGACGCUGAAGAACAAGUUCCGGUCGAAGCAGUACUUCAGUAAGCACCCUCAGCGGGGCUACCUGCCUGUCCAGUCGGUGCUGGAGGCCGAGAGCUCUGACACGCCGUGCUCCUCUCCCAAGCUACCCCAUGCAGACACACACAGCAGAAUCGAGCACUUUGCUAGCAGAUUGGCGGAAAUGGAGAACCAGAAUUGUUCCUUCUUCACAGAUAGCCUGUCGCCUGAUGAGAGUCUGGAUGAAGAUCAGUACCUCCUGCGUCACUCCAGCCCCGGUACCCUGGACCAGGACUCCCCCAGCGGACAGCAGAUGCUGCUGGCCCACCUGGACUGUCAGGACAAGGACGAGCUGCAGAGAACGCUGGCCCGCCUGGAGAACGAGAACCGGGUGCUACAGGGGGAGUGGCGGCGGCUGAAGUGGAGGCAUGAGGAGGCGGCGGCGGCGCCCCAGCUGACGGAGGGAGGUGAGGGGGUUCCGGGAUCUCCCACGGAGGGCCAGCAGGACGAGGAGCUCCUGGCCGAGGCAAGGGUCCUCCGGCAGCACAAGACUCGCCUGGAGACACGCAUGCAGAUCCUGGAGGACCACAACAAACAGCUGGAGUCCCAGCUGCACAGGCUACGAGAGUUACUGCUGCAGCCCAAAGACGAUUCGGAGGCCAACGGGUCGGAACCUUCGUCCUUGUCAUCUCCGGUGUCAGGGGGAGGCCGUCAGGGGGACAGACCCAGUAGAGAGACCACAGACACAGAGGCAGCAGGAGAUGGAGAUGAGGAUCAUGACACAGUGCAGCAACUGCAGGAGGUCAUAGAGCAGCUGAGAAACGUCUUCCCUUCAGAACCUGGAACCACGUCACUCAUCUAACCCAGGGCGACGCUUGGAGUGCAGAGUGAUGCCUGGUGGGAUGCCUGAUGGCCCGUGCCCCAUAUAGCUGCCGUCAGAGGGACAGAGAGUGCACCAGGUCCUUGACCCAUACAGCAGCUUACCCAGAGCUGACCCCUCUCCCUCCCUCUGGACCUCUGUGCACUAACCACCCCUGUGGGAGCCAAAGGCUAACAGCUAAUGCUAACGUCCAGGCCGGGCCAAGCACUAUGCUAACAAGCUAUGGCUAAUGUUAUGCUAUAGCUAAUGUUAUGCUAUGGCUAAGCGGUGCAGCCAGACACUGUGUUAACCAGCUAAGAAGGCUAAGGAAGCUAACGGCUAACGUUAGUAGCCCAGCCAGGCAGAAACAGUUUUAGCUAGCUAAUCCACUACUGGCUAACGCUAGCAUCCCAGCCAUGACACUGUGCUAACCAGCGUCCGUGUAGUCGUCCGAAUGUGUGACGCUUUAUAUCCAUACAGCACAAGGACCUUCCAGAAAAAGGACUUUUACACAAUGCAAAAAUGUGUGUGGAUUUCCAUCAUGUUUGUUCUAUCCAGUAACUGCGUGCGUUUGUGUUUUUCCUGUUUUCUAAUGUGUUUCAAACGUCUCUUUUCUUUUUUUUUUACGAGGCGUUCAUGCGCACCACCGUUGACUCAAUUUGGGCCAGGCUGGCUGCGUUUCAUGCGGCUGUGAUCAGGCGGCUGGGGCAGGCGUACCCAGAGCAAAGCAGAGCAGAUUGCCGGGGAGCCAGCGGGACCCACAACAAGCUUAUUGACUCUGUGGGACUGACACAUCAUCAGUAAAACCCUAUGAUUUAUUUAAGACAGCCAAAGUGCCCGCCAGCGCACGCAGCGCUGCUUCUGUGCACACAGCUCCUCUAAUCUUCCCAAACGGGGAUGCCUGUCGUCUCUCUCGCAUGGCUCCCCGCUCUCUCCGUCACAGUGAGUGCACAUAUCACACACGCGCAGACACACGUUGUUUCAGAUGAACUCUCAUGCUGUAUUAACACACCUGCUCAUACUCUGAUUCAUAUGGACGUUCAUAUCGCACACAGUAGGAAUACACACCUAUAAACACGUAGAGACGCACAUACGCUUUACACUCACAGCCGCAAACUUUUGUGAAAAGAAAUCGGUGACGAAAGAAGGGCUGUGAUUUUGCGUCUCUCUGUUCAGGAGGAGAGUCUCGAGACAACGCCGAAAUGUGUUUAGCUGAGAAAGAGUCUAGCUUUAAACGCCGGGCCCUCCUCUGGCUCCUGCUGUGUGCACAGCAGAGAAGGCAUGGUGCCCCCAGUGCCCCAUGUUGCUUAAACCUUUCAGGGGUACACAAAUGCCUAGGAUAGUAGGCUCUCGAGGCUGGCGGGGGGGUUGGGCUACCAUCACACCAGGAUCAUGUGACACUUCAGACAGAGCACACUCUAUUUGCCUUAAACCCAGACAGAGCCCAGCAUGGACCAAUACAUGUGUUUUAUGUUGCUGCCUCAAACAUUAUUAAAUGGAGAUCGCCCUGGCGCUCUCUCUCUGUCUCUGUCUCUGUCUCUGUCUCUGUCUCUGUCUGUCUGUCUGUCUGUCUGUCUGUCUGUCUGUCUGUCUGUCUGUCUGUCUGUCUGUCUGUCUCUCUGUCUCUCUCUCUCUCUCUCUCUCUGUCUCUCUCUCUGUCUCUGUCUCUCUCUCUGUCUCUCUCUCUCUCUUCUUUUCUCUUUUUAUGCUUGUGACUCAUCCAUUUCUGUAUCAGAUGUUAAAGUACUGGCUUACAUAUGCCUUUUUUGCCAUUCAGUGUUUUCACAAUCAGGGGAGGAAAUUGCAUCAGUUGGGUGUAGUGGGUGGAUGUGAAUGUCAUUCAAUGUCAGAUGCUAGUUCUGUUUAGGGGUCUGGGUUCUGUGGCAUUUUGCAUUAGAGGCAUCAGAGAGCCUUUAUGAGUAAGGACAGGGAAGACAGUGGGAAUUGACAGCGCUAGAGCGGCCUAGCACCUGAGAGGCUAAUUAAAAGGCUGGGGUCAAAUAGGGCUUUGGCGGGGUGGAGGAAGGGAGGAUGGUGGGAAUGUGAUAGCGAAGUGGAAGGGAGACUCGGAGUAAGAGAGAUCUGAGAGACCAAAGGAAAGGGGAAGAAAAUAGUCUGUUUAGUGCUCCUGGGCUGAGUGGAGAGGAGCCAUCCACUUUGAUGUGCUUGCCACAGCAAAUCUCCAAGAGACGGACGCAGACAGUAGGCGAGCGGUUUGCUAGAAAAAAAACGAGGACAGAUGCUCUGUUUUUUUACGAGGUACCACUUCCAUAAAGUCCUUACACCCACAGUCGCAGGGAGCCAUGAUGUGAAUAGUUUUGUAUUCAUUCAGAGAACAUUCUGACCUUAUUGCCAAGAACAGAUUUCAGUUUGAAUCCCAUCCCAGUAUUCGUUAGACUUUAUCCCCUCCAGGCGCCAGCGUUCACAUUUGACAUCGUCGAGCUCCGUCGUGGCUGUCUGUUUGUUUUGCUGCUGUUGCUAGGGAACUGUACACUGUACAGGUUGAGAGUCGGCAAGGUGGGGCGCCGUUCAUAAUGGAGAUGAUAAUAACCAUAUGGGGAAGAGAGGGUGCACCGAUUCCAUACCUCAACCGCCUUGUCCCCCCCGAUCACUCUUUAACCACCCCCGCUGAACAAUGCCUGCCACUGUUCAGUGUUUAACUAGCAUAGAAAGUCAUUAUCAUUGACAUCUGUUCUACCUUUGCCAAGGGCACCGGCAUCCUUCUUUACAGGAUCCAGGAACAAAGAAUUGCUCAAGUGAGAGAAAAAAACACGCAACGCAAAUAAUGUUUACUCUUUGGAAACCUCUUUUAAUGUGUUUUUGUUUUUUUGUGAACACACGUCUCAUUACACAUUGAUGAGCCCCCUGAACAUAGUUUUGGCUCUGAAUAUGCUGUGAAUGCAUCACAACUCGCUCUCUGUGUGUGCAAUUAUGAACUACAGCGAUUAGGCCUAGAAACCAUAUGUCAUGUAGACCUAUAUGCCUUCAGAAACUGUUCACCCUUGCCAUUUUCCACAUUUUGUUGAGUUACAGCCUGAAUUUAAAAUCGAUUACAUUUAGAUGUUGUGUCACUGGCCUAUACACACAAUACCCCCAUAAUGUCAAAGUGGAAUUAUUUUGGGGGAAAUGUUUACUCCACAAUACUAACCUAAAUGACAGGAAGCCUUUACAGAAUAAAAAAUAUUCCAAAACAUGCGUCCUGUUUGUAAUAAGGCAAUAAAGUAAAACUGCAUCAAAUGUGGUAUAGAAAUCAACUUUAUGUCCUGAAUACAAAGUGUUAUGUUUGGGGCAAAUCCAACACAACACAUCACUGACUCCCACUCUUCAUAUUUUCAAGCAUGGUGGUGGCUGCAUCAUGUUAUGGGAAUGCUUGUCAAUGGCAAGGACUCAGGGACCUUUUUGUUAUUAGAAAAAAAAACGGAAUAGAGCUAUGUUCAGGCAAAAUCCUAUCCAGGUGUGCAAGGCUCUUAGAGACUUACCCCGAAAGACUGUAAUUGCUGCCAAAGGCAAUUCUAACAUUGACUCAAGCGGUGUGAAUACUUAAAUGAGAUAUUUUUGUAUUUCACUUUCAAUACGUUUGCUAACAUUUCUAAAAACAUUUAGUUCACUUUGUCAUUGAGGUAUUGUGAGUAGAUGGGUCAGGGGGGAAAAGUGUGUAUUUCUUAUACAGGCUGUAACAACCAAAUGUGGAAUAAGUCAAGGGGUAUGAAUACUUUCUGAAGGCUCUGUAAAUGUUUUGUGUGUUUUGGACAAUACUGAAGGUAGGAGAGAGUAGGUGGAAUGAAUGAUUACACCGCUGUAGCAGGUAGCUUGGCAGACUGAUAUAACGAUACAUGGAACAGUGCAGCAGAAAACUGUAGCUCUCCAAUGUGUCCCUCUUACUUUAACUCCCAGAAGUCCAUAUUGUCUUUGUAGAGGCAUUGUGUUACAGCCCAUCGAAUCGAAGCCUCUGUAAAAACACUACGUUAUACUGCCCCACAUCACGUCUCUCUGUAGUCAUGUGAUUAUCCAUCUGAGGCGUCUCAUGUUCGAGAUAAAAACACUGUGUAGCUCGAACCAUAUUGGAGCUCUACAAGUAGUGUCCCGGGCUCCCCGUAGCGCCACCUCACGCUGGAUACCAGUCCGAUCACUUUCGGCGUGAUUGAGAAGAAGACCUAGUCGCCGGAGACCGAGACAGUUUAGAGGACAUGGCCAACGGGUAUCCCUGCUAUAUAUAGUUGGUCAACCCGUUCUAGAGCCCCGUUCAUUGUUCCUAAUGGCGAGACAUUCUGUGCAUGCUGAGUUCUGGGCACCUUGGCAUCGUUACGAGACACAGGGAGGGUUGUUGGUGUUCUCGAACACGGCAGGGUUAUGAAUUACUUAACCUCUUAUGGGAAUCAGGGCUACGACGACAUACACUAGCCUAUUUUACCACACAGCGACGCCCCGCCAACGCAAAACACAGACUCAUCUUUUCUAUUCUACUGGCUUUUUUAAAGCAACGUUACUACGCCUCAUUGCUUCCAUUUGUUAAUGACUAAUGUGUCUGUCAUUUACUUAUUUGUUUAUUUAAAUGUGUACUGUACUGACAUUCCUCCCUGUUGUUGUCCUCCCCAUCGGUUUUUAAUCUGUAUAAAAUGAUUGAAAAAGAAAGGCUUUUAAUAACGAGUGGGUUACUGGCUGCUUUCUACUCUUUGUGUACAAAGAAUAAAUACAAUUUGUAUUUGUUAUACACAA